AUGGUGAAGUGCAGUGCUUGCGGACGCUUCUUGUCACCAACAGGGGCCGCUACCUGUACAUUAUGUCCAGGCUUGUACCAUAGGGCGUGUGUCGGAAUACCGGAAACUGGGCGAUCCCCUAAACAGUGGAAGUGUCCGGAAUGUAUAGCUAAGAAGCCGAAAGUAGGGAACGUUAACACCCCUGUGAAGGGCGCCGAACCAUCCAACACAGAGAGCGAAGGCUCUCCCGCGGAAAAGUCAGAGAUUGUGGAAAAGGAUAUCAUCAGCGAAUCCGCUCUAGACACCAGUCAAUCAUCGGACCUGAGCCUCGAGUUACGCCUCUUCCGUGAGGAGAUCCGACAAUUGAGGACGGAAAUACAGGAUUUUUGUGCGGAGCUGUGCGACGUGCGGGGUGCUAUUGCUGUCUGCAACCAACGUAUGGACGAAUUCGAUAGCAGACUGAUAAACCUUGAGAAGGAAGUCAAGGUUUCGUCCAGUCGAUGCGCGGAAGUUGAUAAGCUGGAAGAGACAGUCGCACAGCUGAGAGAGGACUUGAAUGCCCGGGACCAGGACCUUCUUCAGGGAGAUAUUGAGAUCACAAACCUCCCGGAAGUCAACGGAGAAAAUCCUCACCAUACAAUUAUGGUCGUGGCGGCUAAACUAGGAGUCGACCUGGAUGAGAAGGACAUUAUCUUUGCGGAAAGAGUUGGCAAGAAAAACGAUAGUAGUUCACAAAUGGAGGGCGGUACCAGAGGUCGUCGUGUCGUGGUGCGUCUGGCGCGACCGAACCUGCGCGAGAGUUUCCUGCGCAGCGCACGCACGCGUCGUGGCAUCACUACAGAAGGAUUAGGGUUCGACCUGCCCGCCAGACGAUUUUAUGUAAACGAGAGGCUAACUAAGAAAAAUAAACAACUCUUCUAUUUGGUUCGGGAGACGGCAAAACGCUUGCAGUGGAGAUACACGUGGACCAAGCGCGGCAAAAUAUACGCGCGCCAAGGAGAAGGCAAGCCGGCGCACCAAAUAAAGUCGGAAACAGACGUGGAUCGGGUUUUUGGCGAGGUUCAAGUUGGGUAA